GGUGCUCGUUUUUAGUGCUUGGUUAUUUCAUUUCUAAGAUUAGCGUCGUCCAGUUCAUCAAUCGAAUUUCACAAUUAGAAAUUUGUCUUAAAGGCUUUAACUAUUAAUAAAAAUAAAGAAAAAGAUUACAAGAAAUAAGAAACAACAUUAAAAUGGACGAAGAUAACGGCGGUACUCCUCGUGUAACUCGCGCACGAAGUCGGCGACUUUCUGCUCUGCCAGAUUCCGAUGGCCGCGCCAUGACCCCAGUUAUAGACUCAACUGUAGAGCGUGCAUCUCCACGUCCAGUGCGUCGAACACGUCUGAACUCAGCCACUGCCGAUUUGAGAACUCCGACUCGGACUACCCGUGCGUCGCUAGCACGCGGAGUAACGCCAGAGCCAGCUACCCCAACUUUGACCUUGUCGGCUACUAAACUGUCGUCGCGCACCCCUGCCAAGUCGGUGGUCAGAAAGUUGCCAUUGCCUGAAGAAGUAAUUGAAGAGGAAGCUAGUCAAACGGCAGCAGCACAGAGUAUGCCCAAUCCAGACAAUAAUAUCAAAGGGAGCAACGAUGAGGCUAAAGCUGCUGCUGUUGCUGCUGCUGACUCCAAGCGCACUCCAACUGGUACUGAUGUAAAUAAACGGCUUAACGUAUCAUCAUCAUCAGAGGAGCGGCGUGUGACACGUUCCAUGUCGAAGACUCCGCCCAUGAAGAACCAAACUCAGCUGCAAUUUGAUACACUAAAUUCAUCGGAAGAGAAACAGAAAAAGCAAACAAAAGAAUCGAUUGAAAACGCUUCUGAAAUUGUAGAUGGGCCAGGCGAGGCACACACAUCAUUGCACUCUGAUAUAGGCGUAGCUGAAGAAUCAAACGAUUCUGCUGCCACGAAGGAUCCUAUGACUCCUGCUUUGGCCACUAUUAAAGUUAUGGUAAAAGUCAAAGAUAUCCUGAUGAGCGGCAAGCAAGAGACGCCACAGUCCACUAAGGAUCCAAAUGUAUCCAUUGUCAAGGAUAAAGACCCUGACGCUACAAAAGCAGAGAUUAUCGAAGACAAAGCUGAGAUAGAGAAAUCUGUUGAUGCCCCUGCUGAUGUCCCGCCAAAGCCCGUUGACCCGGUCGUUGUGUCUCCAGCGAAUGAUGAAGCAGCAGCUGGUAAUGCUGAAGUCACCAAUGACAUUCGUUUGCCCGAUCUAACACCAGGCAUAAAGAAACGUUUACUGGGAACAAAAGAGGCAGAGCCCGUUAAAACCGUAGUCUUCACUAACUGUGGACCAGAUGAGGAGACUGUCAAGCCCAAAUUUCCGAAAACUCCAGCACGCACUAGAGUAGCAGAGGCAGGAGAAUUCUUUAACCUUACAGAGGCCAAGGUCGCAACACCUUUGAAGUCAAUUACCGUAAAGGGGCGCAAUAGCUCAACACCUCUGGCCAAGCUAGAGAUGCCAUCGAGCGAAACUCUGUCCACUGCAUCCAACGAAUCGAAUCAGCCACCGCCGCAAAUUGAUAUGAUAAAACCUCUAUCAGAACCUCUAUCAGAUAAAAACCCAGUUGUUGAGAGACCUAGAUUGCCAACCCCACCCCUUGACAGUGACGAUGAGGUCGUUGACGACGAGACAGCGUAUAUAGAUGAGAAGGAGGAUGAGGAAGAGGAUGAUGAUGAUGGCGUGGACAAUGUAUUUCAAGAUCCAUCUGUGGCCGAAUAUUUUGACAAUGAAGUGGAGGUUGCUAAUGAUUAUCACUCUGGUGACUCAAUGGAUAGCUCCCUUUGUGAAGAGAUCGCGGCAAAUGAAAUUCCAGUAGAUGGCGAAUCUGUUGGCAGCAAGGACACUACGGAUGAUCAGUCAGAAGAUAGUGCCGAUGAGAAACUCUCGUUUAUAGUAUCAGAUGAUGAUGGGGAUGUGGAUAUGUUGGACAUCGAAGGGGAUGAGCAUGGCUUAGAGGAUGAAGAGGAUGAGGAUAUGUUGUCACCUUUGCAUUUUUCUGACGAAGAUGCUGGACCGGAACCGGAACCACAAACCAAAAAAAGGCGUCGUAUUGUUAUUAAUGAUAGCAGCGAUGAUGCUGAUGAGCCAGAGAAUGUUAAAGAAAAUAAUGAUGAUGAUAUUGCUGAAUCAGUGGAAGCAAAAUGGAGCAGCGAUAAUGAUAGUGUGCAAGAGAACGGUGAAAAAGAUAAGAAUGAUGAUAUCGAUGGAACAGAAAAGGAGAUAAAAAUAGUUCAAGAAAUGAAGGAAAAUGAUAUUGAAGAACCGAAAGAAGAAUCAGUCCCUGUAGAUGAUAAAGGAGACAUCGGUACAUGUCAGGAAUCAUCUGAGCAACUGCAGCCACUACAGUCACCUAAAAAGCUUGAAUCAUCUGAGCAGCUGCAGCCACUAAAGUCACCUAAAAAGCUUGAGAAACGUUUGCAUUUGUCGGUAUGCGAUAGUUCACAAUUAAAGCCUCAGAAAUCCGAUAAGUUGAACAAGACAGCUCCGCCAAUACAGUUUAACAUAGACCAAAAGAUCCACAAAGAUGCAGCCGAAGUGCUUGAAGAUGUUGUCGUCAGUUCCAAUGAAGAAAAAGAGCAAAAGGAUGCUAAGAUUGUCAACAAGAGUUUUUGUGAAGUGAUUGAUUCUGAGGAUGAAGUGAGCGAGGGAGAGUUGCCCAAUUCGGGCGAUGAAAUAUCAGAAGCUGAAUCCCAUGACGAGGUGGAUCUGACCGAGUCGCCCGUUGUUAAAACUGAAGAGACCAAACCGAAUUUAGAUAAACCUGAGGAAAAAGCUGAAGCUGCUGCAUCUACUAGCAAGUCCUCGACAUUCCAUGCCAACCAGAAGCGUGAGGAAGAGGCGGCUCUUCUAUCCGAACUGGAUUCGUGUGAUCUAUCACACUUGCGCCAGAUGUUCAAUCCGCUCCAGAAAUCACGUCGCCAAACGUUGUACGUGCAGGAUCUACAGGGCCGCUCCGAUAAGCAGCCAAAGCCGAAAUUAAAGCGUCGUAGUGAACAAUUGGACAGCGAUGUCAACCCAUCACAAUCUUUCAUCGAGACUCUGGCCGAGGAGAGCCGCCAGCGGACCAAGCGGAAGCGUUUAUCAAAGAGCUUCUGUGGCACUGUCGACGGAUCGCACGCCAGCGAAUCAGCUGAAAUGCUGAGAGAAGCCAAUGAAGGAACUUGUGAUAAGUUGUUACAAAGUGAUAUCGAAAUGGGUGAACGUGAGCCUGGAGAAUAUAUUAAAGAAGAGGUAGCAGAGCCGAUUGAAAGCCCCAAGAAAACUGUUAGCAAAGUAGAUGAAACUGUUGAAGCGGAGAAGGAGGAGAAACUGCCCACAACUGCAACAAAGAGCCGCGACGAAUAUCUGGAAUAUUGUGACACCCUGAUUCUGGCGGCGAACCAAGCUAAGCUGGAGCAGAAGAAACAGCGCGUUGCAGCGGGCAGAAAGCAAAGGGAUCGCACGAUUUCCAAGACUAUACCUGUUUGUGGCGGCAGCUCUGACAACGCCACUAAGGUGGGAACAGGCGCGCCUAAGCAAGAACCCGUUAAGACUACAAUAAAAAAGGAUUUGAAACGUCUGCAAGCCACCAAGCAGGCCAUCAAGCAUGCUAUGCAUAUGCUCAUCCCGGAGACCGCCAGCAAUCAUCCCCAGUCUCUGGCGCGGAAAAUAUCUCCUCAGCCGCCGGAUAACACCAAGGUCGCAAAGGCGAAGGCGAAGCAGCGAUCCACCAACAACAAACAGAAAAAGAACAAAUUGAUUCAAGUAUCUCCAGUGAAGAGCUCAGACGAAGAGAAUCACCAAUCUCCCAGGCGUAUAAGGACCACUGCGGGUUACGUCACAGUUAGAAGCAACAAAGAGCCGAAACGUAUUGAAACAUUCAAGACAUCGUCCAGCAUUGUGCAAGUCGAGCCGUGCACGCCUACCUCAAAGUAUUUCAAGGAGAUUCGUCAAUCACCCAAGCCCCGCUACGGUUUCAAGGAGGUAAAAAUAAUUGGCAGAAAGUUGGCGUCUUCCUUUUCGUCAGCAUCGUCGCCGGUUCGUAACCCAGCUACGGAAUCGGCGUUGCGCUUUAAGCGUGAAAUAUUUGGUAGACGUCACAAAUAGGUAGUAGUACUCUAUAUAUUAUAUAUAUUACUUAUUCGUUGAUAACACUAUCGCAUGCAGGCUGGCUGAAUUCAUUUAAUUUA